AUGGCGGUAGCAAAAUUUAAAAUCUUGUGUCUUCAUGGCAUUGGCACCAACAGCGAGAUCUUCGAAGCACAAAUUGCUGGGUUGAUCUACGAGUUAGGCACCGACUAUGAUUUCCAGUUUAUUGACGGAGCCUACCCAUGGCCAGCAGCUCCAGGGAUACGCGAGAUGUUCGGUGACCAGAUCUGUUAUUCUUAUUACGAUGGAUCGGCUCAAAGCGCAUACCAGGCUGUGGACGACCUUGCUGCAUAUGCAUGCAGCAACGGACCAUACGACGCCGUAUUGGGAUUCUCGCUCGGGGCAACACUUGCGGCAACCCUGCUACUGCGGGACGCUGACCAAGAGCUCUGUAAGCCUGACCAAUGUCGGCCGGGCGGUCCUACUUUUCGCUGCGCCUUUUUCUUUUGCGGCACACUGCCUUGCGAUUGGCAUCAGCUUGAGCUAGGAGAGAUGAAAUUCUUAGAUGCAGGAGAUAUUAAGCAACCCAUUCAGAUUCAAACACUGCAUGUUUGGAGUCCAGCCGAUGUCGCGUAUCCAGGCCAGAGUGCCCAAGUCGCCGACAUGUGCGACAACCGGAAGAAGAAAGUCGUCACGCACGGCGAGGGUCAUGCAAUACCCUCCCAGCGUGGGAUUCUCACCAACAUCGCGAAUGACAUCCGAGAGUUGGUGGCCAAAACUGACACAUGA